CCCCGAAUCACGCACUGCCGUGAAAAUCAAAACAUUUCCAUCAGUAAGUUUCUGGGCCAAAACAGCAAAAAUCGGCAAAAUUAUUCCAAAUUUGCAGGGCACUUCCGUUUACUCACCGGCCAAAACACCAUGGGCAAAUUGGAGCUACUGCAGUGUCUGACCGGGCACCGUGGACGCGCCUGGGGAGCUGGCUGGCAUCCGAAAGGAAACGUGCUGGCCACUUGCGGCGAAGACAAAACCAUCCGCAUCUGGGCCGAGGAUGCAAGCCAGCGCUGGGUGGCCAAGACGGUACUCUCCGACGGACACACCAGAACCAUUCGCGACGUGGCGUGGUCUCCGUGCGGGCAGUAUCUGGCGUCGGCCAGUUUCGAUGCCACCGUUGCCAUCUGGGACAAGAAGUCAGGUGAAUUCGAGUGUAAUGCCACUUUGGAAGGCCACGAGAACGAGGUCAAAAGCGUGUCCUGGUCCAAGUCCGGCACGUUGCUGGCAACGUGCAGCAGGGACAAAUCUGUUUGGGUUUGGGAAGUGGCCCAGGAGGACGAAUACGAAUGUGCAGCCGUGCUGAACACGCACACACAGGACGUGAAGAAAGUCGAGUGGCAUCCACAUGAGGACAUUCUGGCCUCGGCUAGUUACGACAAUACCAUCAAGUUGUACAAGGAAGACCUGGCUGACAGCGAUUGGAGCAGCUUCGAUACGCUGGUUUCGCACGAGUCGACCGUUUGGAGCAUUUCCUUCGAUGGUUCCGGGAAGAGGAUGGCUUCGUGCAGCGACGACCAGACCGUGAAGAUCUGGCAGGAGUACAAACCGGGCAAUGAGUUCGGUGUCAGUUGUCCGGACAAUACACCGGUGUGGAAGUGCGUGUGUACCUUGGCUGGGUACCACAGCCGGAGCGUGUACGACAUCAGCUGGUGCAAACAGAGUGGUCUUCUGGCCACGGCCUGCGGUGACGACAUGGUGAGGAUAUUCAAGGAAGUGGAAGGUUCCUCGCCGCACGAGCCGACGUUCGAGAUGGUUGGUUCGAAACAUGCCCAUUCCCAGGAUGUGAACACGGUCGAGUGGAAUCCGACGGUGGUUGGAUUGUUGGUCACUACCAGUGACGACGGCGAAGUCAAGUUGUGGAAGUACGAACCUGAGGAGUAACGGAUGUGAUUCACAGGUUAGUAUGGAAAUUGAUUUAUAUUUGUGUAUAUUGGGGUUUCAUAAAAGUUAUGAGAAACA